AUGGCAUCUGCAGCCCCCCUCGAAGCAAACCUAGCAAGCGCCUACAGCUUAGAGGCAAGCCAAGAGGAAGAUGAGGAGAGCGAAGAAGACGAAAGCAACAAUACACAGGAGCAGGUUCCCUUAGAGCAAUUUGCACCAGAUGAGCAGUUUUCGGUUACAUUGGAGCUGCUCCAGCUCCCCCCUGAAGAAAGGAGCAGAGAAAACGUAGAGUGUAUAUUUCAGCUGGUUAAAGAUAACAAGUUUUUCAGCGAAUUGGAAGCUGAAAUGUCUUUGGAGCUCUGUCGGCACAUGACGUACACCACAAUGAAAGCAGACAGGGUUCUCUUCUACAAAGGAGACCCAGCUGAUAAUUGGUAUUUGAUUCUUUCGGGUAGUGCUGGGGUGUACAUUGAGGAGAUAAAGGACUCUAUAGCUGAGACAGAACAAGGGGGACCAAACUCCAAGAAGACACAACCUGGCUUGAUUCGAAACGACGUUCGCUCGGCGGCCUUGCUGACCCACAGCGACUGCCUGUUUCUGACUUUGGACAAAAAGUCCUUUCAGCACUGUCUUGGUAAUUUUCUCAAGCAAAAGUCUGAUGACAAGGUGAUGGACAAUGAAAGCUUGGUCCAGACUUUGAGGCAGGUUCUGCCCGGGGCCAAAGAAUUGCGCAAGUUGGUUGUAGAGCAGCUGACAUACUUCUUCAAAGAAGCAACCAUCCAAAAGGAUAUGGCCCUUAGCACAGAAGGCAACAAGGAAGACACCCUCUAUCUCAUUGUUAAAGGAGAAUGUGUACUUCGCACCAGGAGGCGGUGCGACUCUAAUCACCCGCAAUUACCACUAGCAGAGACUGCUACUGGAGUUUCUGUUGCAGGUGGAACUGCUGAUAGGCCAGAAACGGCUGGUGCUUGUGGUGGCUUGUUUGGGCCAAGCGGACAGCGGGCUCAGAACUUGUCGUCGGUGCAUGGUGGCAACAACGUCGGCAGCAGCACAGUGCUGCUAGAAGAACUAGACUUGGCGUUGCUACAGGAGGGAUGCUUAGUAAAUUUUUGUUCUCUCUUUUAUGACUGCCCAGAGCCAUUUUCGGUCUUCGCUUUUUCUUCCAAAACGCAGGUCUUCUCCAUCACAAAGUCAGAGCUCUUUAAGCAUAUUCCCCUCAGCGUGCUAGAUGCGGUGCGGCUGACGGGGCUGCUGCUGCUGCAGCACCUAGAGAGGCGUAUUGGGAAACAGGAAGAACGCGUUCAACGCAUCGAGGGCCUGCACCGAAGAGACGCAAUGCAAGGUACCCGGGACUUCACCACGGCAGAAAAUUUUGGCGGAAGGGAAGGAGAGAUAGAAUCAUGUCACACUGUGUUGCCGCUCACUUUCUCCCCCUUUCUCUCUAAAAGGAUGAGGGACUACAUAAACGCCUCAGCUCUUUCAUUAGAAGGUCACUUUGACCGAUUUAUGCGUAACCUGCUUUGCUUCCAGCCCCACACAGCAGUUCUUAAUCACGGCACAGUGCGACAGCUUAAGCAGCAGCAACAGCGCCGUACUCAUCGCUACCAGUCCCUUCAAUCGGCUGCAGACAGGGACACAGUAGAGCUGCCGCCAGAGGUGCCGCAGUCCAUUCGGCCGCGCUUGGAAACACCCGUCGUUUUCCAAGAUCCAGAUUCCACUCUUUCUGACUCAGCGCAUUGUCCUAUACGAGCCCAGAAGCAGACCCAUAAACUGCCCGAUCCUGCUUGGCCUCCUGUGGGGGCCUCGACUACAGAGUCAGUUGCCACUCAACUCGGUCGUUUGUCAAACAGAGGCAUCCGGUCGUAUGCAGAGCGGUCAAAGGUGCACCCGGAGGAAGGUUCUUCUCGUAGUUGUUCCUCGAUGGAUCCUCUUUCUUCAUCAAAACCACUGAGGCAAAAAACGUCAGACAAUCGGUCGGGGAAUGGCACUGCAGAGGGAACACCUAGGUCGGCCACCAUAUGCGCCCAGACAGUUGCAACAGUGUUCGGAAGCCAUGAGGCUUUUGAGGAUACAAAAACAAGUUUAUCGAUUGAGGCGAUUGCAGCGAGGGAAGCAGCGGCAUACGCUUCUUCUGCCCUCUCCCUGGGCCACCCUAUCGUCUCUGACUCUGGUGUGCCUCGAGCAUCCUUUGGUCUAAAUAGCUAUGCAUCUAAUCCCAAAAGCUUGCGCAUAGUCUAA